AUCUAUUCAAUAACAGAGAUAAUCAUGAUGAUGUAUUCAUACAUGUUAAUCACUGGCUGCCCUUGGUGUUAACCUGGUGCUGGGGUAUACCAUGUAGAAGUGUACUUAUACACAGUAUGCUAGCUGUCAGGAUAGAGGAGGCUAUUUUAGUUGGCCACUCACAGAAGGCCAUAGGAGCCAUUCAAUUUGACUUGAGUUUUCCUCUUGUUAUUUAAAGAGAGUUACUGCUCAACUUCACAGGUUUUCUGCAGAGAUAAGAAAGACAAAAACCAAUCAUGUCUGAAGGACAGAAAAAGUCAAAGAUCUCUGCAUCUCGCAGACUGGCUCUCAAGACCAAGCUGCUGAAAAUUGCAGCUGUGAUGUUGGAGAAGGAGAAUGAGGAAAAGAAACUGGAGAGAGAAGCCACUUUGGGUGAGAGAGUCCCUCUACUUCAGCUAUCUGGUUUGUCCAUGCAGGACCUUCAGGCUCUGUGCAAAGAUAUGCAUCAUAAGAUCGAUGUCGUAGAUGAAGAGCGCUAUGAUAUUGAUGCCAAAGUGACUAAAAAUUACAAGGAGAUUGAAAAUCUGUCUCAGAAGAUCUUUGAGCUGAAGGGUAAAAUGAAGCGACCUGCUCUCAAGAGGGUGAAGAUCUCUGCUGACGCCAUGCUGGGAGCUCUGCUGGGCGCUAGAGUCAAAGAGUCUGUGGACUUCAAGGCCAACCUGAAGACUGUGAAGAAAGAGGAGGAGAAGAAAGAGGAGGUGACUGACUGGCGUAAAAACGUGGAGGCCAUGUCUGGUAUGGAGGGCAGGAAGAAGCUGUUUAAUGCCGGGCAGUAGAGUUUAUAUUGAUGGACAUUUUAAAUACAAAUGCUGUUUUACAAGAAUAGAGAGGGAAAUAAAGUUACUCUCACAGCUUACAAUAGUCAACAGUGUAUGCAUAAGAGUGUAUAAGUAUAUAUAGUGCUUGUAUAUACACCAUUUGCAAUAUGCAAAAAUAUUUGAAUUCAAAGGAAUUGUGUAUAUUUUGCACAUAAAUCAGUUGCAUUUUGUUGUCGUUUUGUGGUGUUGGCACUUUUUAAAUUGUCUACACUUACAUUACAGAUAAGCAUAUAGUGAGAUUUGCUGUGUGUCUUAAAAUGCCUGGUUUAUGUCCUCAUAAUAAAUACUUCUGAUCAACACAAAAAA